AUGUACGGGGAUGGAGAAGGCAAAGUGUGGGACCGGAUCGGGCGGCCCCACCGGGACUGCAUGUGCUACCUUGGACCUCCGACCACUUUGAUGCCGAUCGGGAUGCGCAAGUCUCCCGACGUGAGCCCCAGAAGGCUUUCGGACAUCAGCCCUCAGCUCAGACAGCUCAAGUACCUGGUGGUGGACGAGGCCAUCAAGGAGGACAUGAAAUCGUCGCGCUCAGUUGAGGACAUCAACAGCGCGUCCAUAGAGGAGCGGAUACUGCGGAUCACCGGAUAUUAUGGAUACCAACCUUGGAAUGCAAGCUACAGCAGAGAAGACCGCGUCAGGGAGAAUGUGGUGGGCACAACAGACACACAAGCAGCGAACGGCACAGCUGGAGCAGAGUCCGGCUCCAGCAGACGGAAGCUCCACUGCUGCAUCCGAGUGACGACCGUGCAGGUACAGAAGGCCCUGUGGGGGGUCGCCAUGGUGAUGUGCGUGUGCUCGUCCUGGGCAGGCUCCACCCAGCUGGCCAAGCUGACCUUUAAGCAGUUCGACGCCCCCUUCACCCUCACAUGGUUCGCCACCUCCUGGAACAGCCUCUUCUUCCCCCUCUAUUACAUCGGCCACCUGUGCAAGAGUCCGGAGAGGCAGACGCCCAGACAGAGAUUCAGGGAGUGCUGUAGGUUUUUCGGGGACGACGGGCUGACGCCCAAGGUGUUUUUCACCAAGGUGGCGCCCUUUGGCCUCCUGUGGAUCCUCACCAACUACCUGUACCUGCAGGCCCUCAGGAAGAUCAACACAACAGACGUGUCGGCGCUCUUCUGUUGUAACAAGGCCUUCGUCUUCCUGCUGUCCUGGAUUGUACUCAGAGACCGCUUCAUGGGGGUCAGGAUCGUAGCUGCUAUCUUAGCCAUAGCAGGCAUUGUAAUGAUGACCUACGCUGAUGGAUUCCACAGCCACUCCGUCAUCGGCAUUACGUUGGUCGUGGCCUCGGCUUCAAUGUCAGCGCUUUACAAGGUGCUCUUCAAGAUGGUCCUGGGCAGUGCCAAAUUCGGAGAGGCUGCACUCUUUCUCAGCAUCGUCGGAAGCGCAAACUUUGUUUUUGUCAGCUUUGUGCCGGUCAUCCUGUACUUCACACGCGUCGAGUACAUCGGCUCGCCUGCAGACAUCCCGUGGGCCUACCUCUGUGGCGUUGCUGGCCUGCUUUUUGCUUUCAACGUCUUGGUGAACUUUGGCAUUGCCAUAACAUACCCAACAUUAAUCUCCCUUGGCAUCGUCUUAAGUGUCCCAGUGAAUGCCAUGGUGGACCUCUACACAUGUGAAAUUAACUUCAACACGGUGCGCCUCAUCGCCGUGUGCAUCAUCUGCCUGGGUUUCCUCAUGCUGCUGCUACCGGAGGACUGGGACCAGUGCAUCAUCCAGCUCAGCACAAAGCUGCGCAAGCGGGACGAGCCAGCAGAGGGCAGCGCGGAGGCGGGGGCCACCACAGGGCUCAACUGGAGGGGCAGAACCAGGACCUCCAUGUCAACAUUUGCACACUGACUGCGUUUAAAGGUAAUAAACAGACAAACAGACGGACGCAGGGGAAGGGAGACACGUUAACCUCUCACAGGGUUGGUGUCGGGACUUUUUUGACCUGCAGCUCCCCGAGGAGAAAACAGUAUUACAGACUGUCCUCUGGGUUUGUCACUCGUCAAGCCAAAAGGAAGAAGAAGAAGAAGCAGCAAGAGGAACAGGACUGUAUUAUUCAUUUUGGCGUCCAUUCCGCUCAGAAGUUAUCCGAGUGGCUGCAUGGACUCGUAUCAUUUGAAAUCCUUCUUCACCAAAAAAAAAUAAAUAAUAAGAUCAGACAAAACUGAUCGAAUCACGAUUUAAUUUUGCUUUCAUCAUUCCAUUCACGACAUCCUCACGCCUGGGAAGACUUGCCAACUUGCCUGAUAUUCUUCAACUCUUAAAAAAAAGACAGACACCGCGUGGACUUGCUGUUGUACACAAUUACACACCUUUUAAGAUCCAAAGAAGAAUGCCUAAAAUGCUGAACGCCUGAAAACAAAAACAAAAAAAAGGGAGGCCAAACAGAGGCUGCCUUCAGGUUUGACUUUGACUACCUGCCUUUCAUGCACUGUACAUAGCUGAUUUUCACACCCCUGAUGUCCUGGGAGUUGUUGACCCUGAUGGUCUCAUCUGGUGUGAGGGGGGGGGGGACCUGUCUGGACAUCUGAGCAUCAAAUCCGAGCGCUGAAGGAGCUUUCACAACGCCUCACUCUGCUCCUCCCCGAGAGAAGAGGUCAGGUCUCUGUUGAUCACACUGAUUGGCUCCCCCGCCCUCGCCCCCGUGGUUAUUUGUUUCUCCUGUGGCCAAACUCCCACUCUGUCAACGCUGACACCCAUUGCUCAGGCCCACAGAUGAGUCACGCUAGAUUUAACACCAGUAUCUCCAUUGCAUAAGUUAUCAAUGCAUGAUACAGUUGAGUUUUCAGUCCGUCCAUGAUGCACAUUUGCCUCACAUAUUCUCUUGCCGAUAUUGGCAGCAAACAGUAUUACAAUUCUCUUAACCAAGCAAUACAGGUAAAAACAUCUAUUAACAUGCGACUGUGAGUUUUAUCCACUAUCUCAGUCUAAGCCCACUUGCAUGGUUUCAGGUGUCCCAGUCUUUUGGACUCAACAGCUCCAUGAAAUCGCCCUUUAAUAACUUCAAAGCUAUCACUGAGCCUCCCUGUGAACUCUAAUCACAUUAUUGUUUUUCGGCUGGAACGUAAAAACUUAUUUGCAGCAUUGUUCGGUAAGAUUGUUUUUUUGGAUUAGUUACAGAGAAAAGAUGAAAACUGUCUUUGCUGGGGGCUUGAGGAGAGUUUAACCCACUCAUGAGAAUUCACCAUAUUCACAUGGCCGACGUUUUUCUCUGAUGUCACGCUCAGGAAGGGAAGCGGAAAUGCUGUCAUGAUGUCAUGCUGAUUUUCUUCCAGGUUUGCAAAUCCUAUAAAAACAGGAUAUUUAGAUAUUCUCAUAAAAGUGCACCUAACAGUCAUUUACGGAUCAAACAUUUGAAUGUUUCAGACACAAAUCUGCUCGACGCUGUCAGGAAAACCAAUCAGCGUUUAGAUUCCCCUGACCACCUGACAUGCAGAAACAUUUAAAUUGACACUGUUUGUGACAUGCAGUGAUCGAAAUAUGUUAUUUCAACCAACAUUUUUAACCACAAAUGUAAUAUACAGUCUCUAAAUAAUAAGUGUAAUCAUUCCUAGCCAUCAUUACUCAUUAAAUCAAUCAAUGGUCAUUCAGGCAGGACGUCCACCAACGACCCCGAGGAGCCUGAGAGAGCUCAGGAGGUCACAGGAAAAGAUGUGAUGUGUUGUUGUAAGCUCAGAAUUGAACACUUCAACAUUGUUUUAUGUGGUGAUGCCUUGAGUGGUUAAAUGCUAACAUUAGCUACUUGAACUAACAGGUACGGUUCUUCUCACCCCACUUUGAUUUAAUUAAUUUAAGGUGGAGUCAGUAGCAUUUUUCAUUCAAACUGGGCCCCUCCUCCUGGACUCAUCGCCCCUUGAAAUGACUUAGUGUGUACGUUUACUGCUUGUGCCUACACUGCAAGCUACCACAUGCUAUUAUAGCUGAAUUGUAUCCACUCCUAAACUCACCUGUGGGUGGUCAUUAGCUGCACUCCAGAAACAUCCAGUCAACUUAAACAAACCAAAACAUCAAAAUCCAGUCAGAGGACGGGGUCUCUGCAGACACAAUCAGCACCACACAUGUAUGGAGGCCCAGAAGGGACGAUUGAGCGACAUUACUUUUGUCUUAAGUCUAAUGCCCCGAGUCCACCUAGCAUUUUUUUCCGUGCAGAAAAGUGCUGGCUGUGCACUCAGAAGUGUUUUCAUGAAGCGUUUGUGUGCACAUCCGUCCUGUCUCUAUGACAACAGUCUGUUCACAACACUGGCUGCCGUAUGACCGUGAGCGCUCAAUACAAAGACGCUUGGAGCUGCUUUCUGCUGCGAACGCUCGCUCCUCAUUGAAAACAACUGAAAAAGACGAUGGCGCUCAGAAAAAGACGCUAGGUGGCUAGGUAAAUUCUACAUUUUUUUGGGGGGGGGGGGAAAGCUGCUGACUGCCUUUAAAAUUAUACAUUUUCAGUUUUCCCAGCUGAUAAAUCAAGAACUUGUGAGAAGCAGGAACGUUGAAGGAUGUGCCGCUUUUAUAGGAUUUGCAUUCUUGGGACACACAAGUACGACAUGCUAACAACAUUUGAGCUUCCCCCUCUGAGCGUGACAUCAGGUGAUGUUUAAAUAUGCUGACACAUUGUUCCACCUUUACACUUUAUGAAAAAAACCUGUAGUUUACUGAAACACAUUUCUUAAGGCAAGUAAAAAAAAAACCGAUGGAGAUGAAGCUGAGAGAGAACGAGGCCCCACGCCUUGCAAAGCGACGGAUGGAUACUCUGCCUUGUUGUGAAUGUAUGAACAUCACUCGACCACACACGCUCGCUAUCUGAUUUUUUACAGACUGCUGCAGAGACACUCUUUAAUACUUCCCUUCUUGAUGACUCAGUUGCUUUUUUUUUUUUUUAAAGGGAGAUCUCUCAAAGCUUCGUUUUGGACUACUUUUCUACUACUUGUUUUUUUGUUUUGUUUGUUGCAUUUGGUUGCUUAGUAACCUGGAGGGGACGGUGAGUAACAUCUGCAGGAGGAGCAUGCACAUAACUGUACGAGCAGAUACAGCUUGACCGGUCCACGUCACUGCCUUUUUUUCUUUGCAAUAUAGAGUACAUCAGCACUGUUUCCCAUUGUCAUACUCUAUGACAAUAAAUAAUAAUAUUGUAUUCCUCUGGAAUUAUUGCGAGACAUAAAUGUAAACCUUUGUAAGGAAUGAUGAUUUUUACACUGCAGAUGCAACAUAUGAUUAUCACGUUUGAGGAAGAGAUAUUAGGAGUGCAAAUAAAAGACGGGUUUACUCGAUUUACUGCUGGGUGUCUUCAAGUGUAAUCACAUGUACUAUAUAAAAGAUUUCUUUUCAAUACA